AGAAGCAUGUUUUGUGACACAUCAUAAAUUCCUUUCCAUUAUGGCUUAUCAAACACAGGACUUGAUGUUUGGGGACUUCGAUACCCUGGACCAACAUGAACAGAAUAAUAUCAAAAAGAUUCUGUAUGGACCUAGAAGUUCAACUGAGGACAGGAAAGUGGAGUUCCCAUGGGAUGAGGCUGAAAUGUCCCAACCAGAUAUUGCCCAGGGAGGUGACCGGGUGAUUGCUACAGAAACAAACUCUGUAGUGAUGAAUAUGAACACAGGUCCCAUCGCCAAUUACCAACAAUUCCAUCCUGAAGGCCCUCCUCAACAGCAGUAUACACAGCCUAUGAAAAACAGCCAUGAACAGAUGAAUUCAGCCAAGUUUGAAGGAAACAGACAAACUUAUCAGGACAGUCAACAAAGUGAAGUUUAUGGAAACCAAUUUCCAAGGGAGGAUCCAAAUUACCAAGCUUCUGUUGAAUUUGGUUAUGAUCCCAAUCAGUCAGAAAUGUCCCAGGGUGGUGGUAAGCAACGUAGAAAUAAAAAGAAACGCCCUCCUGGUUAUUAUGAAAAGCUGGAGGAGGCAGAAAGGCAGUCACAGAAUGACAUUGUCCAAGGGAACGUUGGGAACUGGGCUGACAGUGCAGCUGGACAGGUCUCAUCUCAAAACUUUGAUUUCAUGCCUCUUAACUACCCGUCCGUACCUCCAGAGGUAAGACACAAUGAAUCACCUGUAGCUCAGCACACACAGCCUCCAUUCCAUGAUCAGAGACCUCCUGCAGUUGGCAUGGUUCAGGAGCAUCCCUACCCCCAACAAAACACCGCUCCCACUAUGGUCUACCCCCAACAGGCUAUUCAUCAAGGUUCCAUCCCUCAGCAGGGUCCGGCAAUGUUGGCCACAGAAAAUACCCCUGAUGCUAGAAAUGGAAGCUGUCUCCCACGAGAGGGGGCCCAUAUGGGGAUAGUGGAUCCCCCACAAGUCGUACGAGAAGCCUCACUCCCAAGGGAGGGGGCACACAUGGGUGUAAUGGACCAAUCCCAAACAUAUCAUCAAAGUUCUAUCCCAGGUCGUGGCCAGCCACCACCCAUGGGUAACAUGGCUCUGGGAUCAUAUCCCAUUCCUGCCCAGCAGAGUAUCAACAGAAACAUGAGUGGUAUUCCACCAUCACAUCAGAAUUCAGCUGUAAAUCAGUAUGCAUACAGUUCAUCUCCACAGGCCACCCAUCAGAUGGACCAGAGUGGCCAUAAUGUUUCACCGGAAAAUUUGUCCACAUCUUCUCUCCCACCACAGAUUGCCAAUCCACAGGUUGCCCCACAUCUGACACAUCCACCUGUGGAUCAACAUGAACUGGUGGGGAAAGUGUCACACCAACUGUCUGAUCUCAGUGUGUCACAAAACACAAGGGGAGACAACCCUAACUAUGCACAUCCUCCUCCUCAUCCUCAUCAAGUUCCACAGACCGGCAAUGUUGUCCAUGAUUCUAACCAUGGUACCCCUGUCAUGGACAACAUUUCUGCUGGAUCUAAUACAGGUGUACAUGUAAACAGACCCCCCGGCUUUAAUGUUUCUCCUUCUCCUCAUAACCCUCCUGUGGCAGCUGCAAUUUCAUUAAAUUCCAUGGAUUUAAAUAAACAAGACAAUUACAAUAAGCAGACCACAUCACAGAGGAUGCAGGUCAAUGAACAAGUGGUGCCACCCAAUGAACAAAAUAGUGAAAAUAUUCGAGUCGCUGAAUCUGAUCACCAAGUCAUUGAACCAAUUCACCAAGUUCGCGAAUCUUAUCUCCAAGUCAGUGAUUCUGUUCAUCAAAACACACCAGAACCAAGUGUGAAUAGUACUGUAGUUAAUGACGCUAGUGAAGUAAACACAUCUCAACAAGGGAGUGGUGAUCUGAAGCUCGCAAACGAAAGUGAUCCUAGUCGACCUGUUCAGUCCGAACAGCCAAAACCUGCUAUGGCGUUUUCAUGGGCAGGACUUUUCAAAAAUGUGACCCCACCAGCAACAGGUACCGUUCCCUAUAGUGUAACACAUGUGGAAAACACACCUCCUCCGCCGGAGGUAAAGCAACAUGUGACAAAAGACGUUAGUGUACCCAGUGGUCCAGUAAGGGCAGAGGAUGAUAAACUGGCAACCAGUUUUGGAGAGGCCUUAAGCAACUUGAGAGUGAGUCAUGUCCAGGUUGGACUGACCCCACGUGGACUGGUCAACCGUGGCAACUGGUGUUACAUCAAUGCUACACUUCAGGCUUUAAUAGCCUGUCCUCCAUUUUGUGACCUACUGCGCAGAAUGCCUAAGUACAACAGAGAGGAGAGGGGAGCCAGUAGUACUCCAGUGUUAGAUUGUAUGGUGGAGUUUGUGAACGAGUUCUCGCCAUACGCCAGAAAUACUGACAGAGGACCACAUAAAAACCGUAAGCCAUUUCAAGAUAUCACACAGGGGAAGGAGUUUGAGCCAGUCAAUGUCUACAAGAUGUUACAAGUAAUGCAGGCUAACCAGACAUUUAGGCUGGGGCGACAGGAGGAUGCUGAAGAAUUCCUUAGCUGUAUCCUUGAUGGACUACAUGAGGAGAUGGCUUCGGUCAUACAACUGGUCAACGGUAGCCAAGACUCUACACCAGAAGCAGAGGCUAAUGGUUUUGAACCGGAGGAAGACGCAGAAUCUGAGAUGUCGGAGGACUCCUGGGAACAAGUUGGACCGAAAAAGCGCAGUGCCCUUACACGCAAGGCUAUGUUUUCAAAGAGUCCUAUAGCUGAUAUUUUUGUUGGCUAUAUGAGGUCAGCCGUGUUUAAAUCAUCAGCCAAGGAAUCAGCCACCCUCCAACCAUUCUUCACCCUUCAGCUGGACGUACAGACAGACAAGGUGUACAGUGUUAAGGACGCCCUGGAGGGAUUAGUAAUAAAGGAAUCCAUCAGUGGUUACACCUGUACCAAGACAAAGCAGGAGUUGGAAGUUGCCAAGAAAGUUACUCUGGAAGAACUCCCACCUGUACUUGUCAUGCACCUCAAGUAUUUUGUUUUCGACAAAGAUGGUGGAUGUCAGAAACUGCUCAAAAAGAUUGAGUACCCUAUAGACCUGGAAAUCACCAGAGAUCUACUUUCCCCAAAUGUCAAAUCAAAGCUCCAACUUCACCAGAGAUCUUACAAACUCUUUGCAGUCGUGUUCCACCAUGGCAAGAUGGCUACUGGGGGUGGCCAUUACACAACUACAGUAUUCCAUCCUGCCAUCAAUGGCUGGAUCAGCAUAGACGAUAAUAUUGUGAGGCCUGUAGGCCUACAGUUUGUUCUCAAGUACAAUCCUCCCCGUGUUCCAUAUCUCCUGUACUAUCGACGCACAGACGUUCACUAGGCAGCUCACCCCCAUCUCUUUUCACUGCCACACUGCCAGUCAAAUUAUUUACCCAGCGUCAUUCCAACGGGAUAGGAGGACGCUGUAAAUCUUCACUGUAAAUCAUCACCGACUUUAUUACUCACAAGACUAUCACUUGUGUAAGACACUGGAGUGAUUAUCUAAAUAACAAAAUCAAAAAUUGUAGGAAGAGAAACUGAAGGGGCAAUUUUGAAACCAGACUGCAGUUUAAUUUAUCAAAAAUGUGAUGAUAAUAUGUGUGUGGAUAAUAGGACAGAACUUGUGAGCAGCAUAUAGUUAGGAUAGAUGAACAAAAGGACAGAACCUGUUAGUAGUGUGUUAAGGAAGGAUGGACAAACAGACAGAACAUGUGAAUGUGUGUUAAGGAAGGAUGGACAAACAGACAGAACCUGUGAAUGUGUGUUUAGGACAGAUGGACAGAUUAUUAUCGAAUAUUUCUACACCUACAUUGACUUGAUCAGUACUGAUGCAUGGUGACAUUCUUCAAGACAGAAUCACAUGAACAAAAGGUGUUUGUGUUGGUCUUUAGAAUAAACAACUAAAAGCAAAUGUAUUUAUUGGAGUGUUGAUAUUAAUACGAUGUAGACUUUGUUAAAUGUAUGAAUCUUUUUUCACAGUUUCAAAUUUUACAGUGAGACAAUAGCUGACCUAAAAUAGCAAGAAAGAUAAAUUGGCUAUUGUCCUGGUCCUGGUAUGUUCUUAUUGAUUGACAAAUGUUCACCAGAGGAGCAGACAUGUGAGGUGAUAUAAGUGAUACAGAUGAUGUACCUGUGGUAUGAUGUAGAGAAUAGGAAAACUGAUAUAGUUUAUAUUUUGAAUGAAAACUUGUAUCUAGUGGAUACCUGUGUAAAUUUACUUUUACAGAAAUUGUAUUUAAUCUGCAAGAAGCCUAGAGGACAAAUAUAAAAUCUCAAAAGAAGUGAGAUGGUCUUGUCACAAGUCAACAGAAUCGUAUAAUUGUUUGCCUUUCUGUAACAUUGAUGGACUGACUUAUUGACCGACAUGGGCCUGCUGCGGUAUAGAUAUAAGCGCACUACGAGAUGUUGUGAUAGAUACAAUAUGCCUUAUGUUUGUUUGCUUUGAAUGAAUAAGAUAUGAUUGUGCCUGGGAGAAAUCUACGAAAUUAGUGGA